GGACAAAUCACGUGGUCUUUCUUUCAACCGUCCAUUCUACCGCUAACAAGGAACAACAAUGCCAGGUUAUGGAAAUUUUGGGGGAGGCGGUGGAGGAGGUGGUGGAGGAGGGAGAGGAGGUCGAAAUAGACCAUUCAAUGACCCAAAUGAUCCAGAAUCAGAACAGUACAGAAAAUUAUUUGUUGGUGGACUAAGUUAUGAGACAACAGAUGAUGGACUUAAAGAACAUUUUGAACAGUGGGGAGAAAUAGAGGAUCACAUUGUAAUGAAAGACCCUCAGACAAAGAGAUCAAGAGGUUUUGGCUUCAUCACAUACAAGAAAUCACACAUGCUAGAUGAUGCUCAGUCUAGCAGACCCCACAAAAUUGAUGGCCGUGAGGUGGAAACAAAAAGAGCUAUGCCAAGAGAGGAUUCAGGAAAACCAGAUGUUCAUGAGGCUGCAAAGAAGAUGUUUAUUGGUGGCAUGAAAGAUGGAACAUCAGAAGAUGAUAUACGGGAAGUUUUUGAAGAGUUUGGCAAAAUUGCCAAAGUUGAAAUGGUGACAGAUAAAGCUACAGGCAAACAGAAGAGCUUUUGCUUUGUAGAGUUUGAAGAUUAUGAUCCAGUUGACAAGUGUGUUUUGAAGAAAGAAUUUAUCCUUAAUGGCAAGAAGAUAGAAGUUAAGAAAGCUCACAAAAAAGAGGGAGAAGGCGGUGGUGGUGGUGGCAGAGGAGGUGGUAGAGGUGGAGGCAGGGGAGGAAGAGGCGGAGGACAAAGUAGCUAUGGCGGCUAUGGUGGUGGCAUGGGUCAAAGCUUUGGUGGUCAGGGUGGAGGCUAUGGUAAUCAAGGUGGGUAUGGAGACUUCAGCAGUGGUUAUGGUGGAGGAUAUGAUGAUGGUAGUGGUGGUUAUGGAGGUGGCUACAACCAAGGUGGUGGAUAUAACCAAGGUUAUGGUGACAGUGGAUAUAGCAGUGGUUAUGGAGGUGGACAAGGAGAUUGGAACCAACAGUUUGGACAAGGUUAUGGUGGUAAUUCUGGAGGUGGACCAAUGAGAGGAGGACAGUAUGGAGGCAGUCAGAGAGGAGGAGGGGGAACACCUUAUCAGAGUUAUGGAAGAGGGGGAGGAGGCGGUGGAUACAAUCGAUAAGUUUUCAUCUUCAUUUCAUUAUUUCAGGCAGGUAUAUAGGCAGCAGACAUCAAUAGGACACAUGUUAAGCAUCCUUUUGUUAAGGAGGUCCUAGGUUGCAGAAAAAUCAACAUAAACAUUCCAGUUAAGUCAUUAAGGGAAGGAAUAGGAUGCCGCACAGAACUGCUUUACUACCCCUUAAGUAGAUAAGGGAAAGAACUACACCGAACUGCUUUGUAUUCGAUCCAGUUUAACUAUUAAGGGAAGGAAGCUAGAUGGAAUUGUUUUACCACCCGUAAGAUGUUAGGGGAUAACAGAACUGGCUAACUACCCCUUAACUAGUUAAGAGAAGGAACUCAAUAGAAGUGCUAAGUAUUUUAUCCAAAUAAGGGACAACAGAACGAAAUAACAUCCAUUUAACUAAAUGGUUAAGUGAAGGAACUCCAGCAGAUGGCUUAAGUAAACAAAUUAAGCAGUUAAGGGAAGCAUUUCCAACUGAAUAAAAUACUUCACUUUGAAUAAGUGGUAAAAUGACGGAUCAAACUGCUUUAGAAGUAGUUUAGGGAUAGUAUUACAGUUCAACAGAAGUUUAUUUUCCAUAUAGGUAAGGCAAGGAAAAAUGAAUUAAGUUAUCUAUUCCUCAACUGAUUAUAUCAUAUUAGGUGUUAAGGAAAGCUGUUGAAUCUCAAGCUGAUUUUUUUCAUACAUUGUUUCAUAGGUUGAUGCUUUAAGAUUUCCUAGUGAAAUAAUUUCUCAUUUAACAUUAGUUUUGAAAUAUACCUGUCUGAAAUUGAAUAUACCCAUGAAUUUGGUUGUUGUUAAUUAUUAUGUCCAUCAUGAUGUUAUAAAAUUGAAAAUAUUGUGUUUUUUUAUAGAAAUGUCAUUCAUCUGUAUAUAUAACUCACUGUCACCAGUAAAACUGUCAAAUAAAAAUAUAGAAUAUACCA